AUGACUGAAGCUACCAGCGCAUCUGCUGCUCCAUUGCAGAGAGUCGCGUCACAGCCUGAAAACCCCUACGCCCAGCUCAUCGAAGACCAAUCCAUUGCGAUUAUCCCUUCAUUCAAGCUCGAAUCCGGAGUUACUCUGUCCAAUGUUCCAGUUGCAUACACCACACGAGGCACACUCGCCCCCAACGGAGACAAUGUGCUGGUGAUCUGCCAUGCCCUGAGUGGCAGCGCCGAUGUCGCUGACUGGUGGGGCCCUCUCCUCGGUGGUCCCGGUCAGGCAUUUGAUAUCUCUCGUUUCUUCGUGGUUUGCCUGAACAGUCUUGGUAGUCCAUAUGGAAGUGCCAGCGCUGUUACCUACAAGGAUAACAACCCUGAGAAGGGCUACUAUGGACCCGAGUUUCCCCUGACAACUGUCCGUGAUGACGUCAAUAUCCACAAGCUAGUAUUGGAUGACCUCGGCGUCAAGCAGAUUGCCGCGGUUGUCGGAGGUUCCAUGGGUGGAGCGCUUACCCUGGAAUACGCAUUCUUCGGUAAGGACUACGUGCGGGCUAUUGUGCCAAUUGCGACCUCAGCGCGCCAUUCUGCCUGGUGCAUCAGCUGGGGCGAGGCUCAGAGACAGAGCAUCUACAGUGAUCCGAAAUAUGACGAUGGGUACUAUGCGUUUGAUGACCCACCAUCUACCGGUCUCGGUGCGGCUCGCAUGUCAGCACUCCUCACCUAUCGCAGCCGCAACUCAUUCGAAUCUCGCUUUGGUCGCAAUGUGCCCGACCCAACCAAGCGCUUGAACAUCAACGGCACUGAAAGGCAGCCAAGUCCCCCCAACGAGCACUGGGCUAUUCACAACGACGGACAUCGCAGUGGAUCACGAUCCGAGAGCCGCCAAGGCUCACCCGUUCCCCAGACCGAAUUCAUGGAUCCCCAGUUCUCGGGCACUAAGACUUUUGCGCCAGAAGUUGAGGACAAGCCCAAACUGACUCCUUCCGGUCGACCUCGUCCCCCGACCUAUUUCUCCGCUCAGACUUAUCUUCGCUACCAGGGUGACAAGUUUGUCAAGAGAUUCGAUGCCAACUGCUACAUCGCCAUGACUCGCAAGCUCGAUACCCAUGAUGUGUCCCGUCACCGUGCCAACCCCGCCACAGCCGCGCAAGAUACAGUCAUCGAGGCCCUUCGUCGGGUGGAACAGCCAGCUCUCGUGUUGGGUAUUGAGUCAGAUGGUCUCUUUACAUUUGCUGAACAACAAGAGAUCGCCGACGGUAUUCCCGACUCUCGUCUGAAGCGUAUCGACAGCCCCGAGGGCCACGAUGCUUUCCUGCUCCAGUUCGAGCAAGUCAACCGCCACAUCCUCGAGUUCUUCCGCGAGGUGCUGCCUGACAUCAUGGCGAAGCCAGACUCAGAUGGUGCCGCCGCCUUGGCUAGUGUCACCAAGCUUACAAAGAGCAGCACCUUCGGUGAAGCCGAAGUCGAGGACAUCACCGCUUGGUAA